UAAUGUCACAAUUUUUCACUCUUCUUUCUUUUUGCAUUCGAAACUCCAACCGGUUUUUCAGUAUCUAAUUAGCUGUGCACGUGUGUCUGCUCUGUUGCCUCCAACAGAUGUUUUUUUAAAAAUAGUCUUCUCUUGUCUGUACAAGUGCACGGUUCAGUUUAAAAACUACUGACGAAGUAAGUGAAAAUCAUGGAUUUGUCUGAAAUUCCCGGUGAACAAGUUCGCAAAGAGAUUCGCGAAACUAUUGAGAACCAACUACAAUCGCAAAAUUAUAGAGUGACUGUAACCGCGGCAUCGAAAGAGGGCGAAAAUAAUUUUGUGGGUGUCGUUUAUCGCGUAUCAUUUAAUGCAGUAGACGAAUCUGAAAAUAAUACAAAGUCGAGUAUGAUUGUCAAGGUUGCUCCUCAAAAUGAAACGCGUCGAACACAAUUUCAUUUGCGUGAACGGUUUUUGCAAGAAAUUUUUAUGUACAAUGAGGUAUUGUCGUAUUUCCGUCAAUUUGAGCUGUCCAAAUGUGUAACCAACAAGGAAAACGGCUUCACCGAAUAUCCCAUCUGUUAUCGAACACUCGAUGAAGACCCAAGUGAAUGUCUGUUACUUGAAGACCUAAAUAUUCGAGGUUUCUCUAUCAUAGAUCGUUUUACCGAAGAAGUGACAGCGGAUCAUGUUCGUUUGUUCAUGAAAGCGUUGGGCAAGUUACACGCACUUUCGUUUGCCUUAAAUGAUCAACAACCAGAAAAAUUUCAAGCACUUGCUUCGAAUUUAAAGGAGUGUAUACGCACUGAUAAUUCCGUCUUCAGAGAUUACUUCCGUAAACAAACCGAAAAUGUAUUGGACAUUUUAAGACAUGAAGAGGAUACCGAUUUGUUAUCUAGAAUGAAGGAUCUCUUCAAAACCGAUGCAAUUGACAUCGCCGCUAAUUGCCUUAAUCCAAAAUCUGCCGAAAAUGGUUCAGUAAUUUCG